CUAAUAACAAUAGAAUUACUUGAGAGGUACACCUAAACUAAUUAAAUAGAAGGAAAAGGAAAAAAAAAAAAAAGCUUACGUAGUAAAGUUGCCCCACGACAUUUUCCAGUGAAGAACUGAUCAAAUGGUCGGCUCCAUUAAAUAAAAAAAAAAAACAUAUUUGCCACAAAAUACAGACAAAAAAGCCAACCCAAAAAACCAAACCAAACUCAAUGCAACAAAAAAACAAGCACACCAAAAUAAAGCAAACCUUACAAACUUUUUUUUCCCCCUCUGAUCGUCAUCAUCAAUAUUCAUCAACAUGAAAGAAAAAGAAAAAAGAAGUAGUAAUGAAGUAUGGGAUUGUGGGAGCCCUUUGUAUGAUUCGUAUGAAUUGGCUUGCUUAAGCCACGUGAUUGACAGGCACAUGAUGAUGCUUCCAUCUCUCGCAGCCAGCAAAUCCAGAAAGCUUAAGGAAGAAGAGGAAGAAGAAAUGGUGAUGAUCGCGGAUGCCGGAUCUCCCGGGUUGUCGGAUUUGUCGUCGAAUUCGAGUCCGAAAGAGUUGAUAAAGAAGAAGAAGAGGAGAGGAGGAGGAGAAGGGACAUCUUGUAUUGGAGUGAGCUUUUUGUGGAGCAAUUGGAGGAGGAAGAGAAUAUGCGAUCAUGAUGAUUUAAAUGGAAUUGAAGGAGAAGUGGUGAAGAAAGGGAAGAAGGUGAUGAAAUUUAGUGAUGGGAUAUCUAGAGUUUAUAAUAGGAUUAGUUCUUUGAGGAAAUAGAAUUAAUUUUUUUGUUUAUUUUUUUUAAUCAUCGGCUGUUUUGGAGACUGGAUGAAUUUGGAUCAAUUCAUCCAACAAAUCAAUCCAAGGAAUUUUUCAAUGAGAUUAUGGUACACUACGAUGUGUUUAUUCCCCCUCUUUAAUUUCUUUUAUGUCGCUGGUACCAUACAAUGUAUGUUAGUACCCGAUUUAGUGUUAUCUUGCAUUCAAGUUUAUAAUAACAAUACAGGUUGGGAUGAAUCUCAUGAUUUCAGUUUGCAAUUUUGUGUCAAUGAGCA